AUGCUGUUGGUCGGUACUGCUGCUCUGCUGAUCGCGAGAUUAUUGCUGAUGAUCGAAAUUUUUGUUGGUAUUAUUGCCGAUGGACGCAAAUUCCCCCCAACGCGACUUUACGGCGAAAUUUGGGGCUCAACAGCAACUCACGACAAUAAUAACGGAAAAGGAAUCAUCCGGACAAGGAACGCGGAUUUUUUGGCCGCGUUCGCUCACAUUCCCAGGAGCGAAGCGGGAGCAUCUCCCAUGCUCCGUGGUGCCAAGGAAGCAGCGGCCCGAGAGAAACUUCCGCUCUGCGAUCGGUGCUGA